AUGGCUGAUAACCUGAAAAUCGGAAACCUCUCCCUUAACGACUCCCAGCACGCGCCAAACCAGACCGGACGCUCCGCCUACAUUCCUCCGCACCUCCGUGGUCAGGCUCGUCAGGCUGCUGCCGCUGAGUCUGCCGCUGGCCCUACCGUCGACGGUGCUGACGGUCCUGCUCCCGGACAGAACGGCCGCCCUGCUGGCAUGAACGCAAGCGCCUGGGCUCCAGGAGCCCCGAAUAACGCACCUGGGUGGGGUGCUGGAGACUACGGUCCUCGUGGCGGUCCGGCCGUGAAUGGUAAUUCUGGCUGGGGUCAACCCGCCGGCUCCCGUCGUACUUUCGAUCCACAUGCUUACGGUCACCCAGGCCAUCAAGGUCAACAGGGCGGAAACUACGGCGGCGGCGGCGCUGCCAGAGGCUCUGGUGAUGGCCAGUGGCGUGAUGGAAAGCACAUUCCCGGUCCCUCGAACGCUCGUCUCGAACGCGAACUCUUCGGCAUCCCCAACGAUCCCAGCAAGCAGCAUACCGGUAUCAACUUCGCCAACUACGAUGAUAUCCCCGUCGAGGCUUCCGGCCAGAAUGUCCCCGAGCCCGUCAGCACCUUCACCAACCCUCCUCUGGACGACCAUUUGAUCUCCAACAUCAAACUCGCCUCCUACAAGGUGCCUACUCCGGUCCAGAAGUAUUCCAUCCCGAUUGUCAUGGGAGGCCGCGACUUGAUGGCCUGUGCCCAGACUGGUUCCGGAAAGACUGGUGGUUUCUUGUUCCCAAUCCUUUCUCAGGCAUUCCAGAACGGACCCUCCCCGGCUCCCACUCAGCAAGGCGGUCAGUUUAGCUACGGCCGUCAGCGCAAGGCUUACCCUACCUCGCUCAUCUUGGCUCCUACCCGUGAGCUUGUCUCUCAGAUCUACGAUGAGGCUAGGAAGUUUGCUUACCGCUCCUGGGUUCGCCCUUGUGUUGUCUAUGGAGGAGCUGAUAUUGGCUCCCAGCUUCGCCAGAUUGAGCGUGGUUGUGACCUUCUCGUUGCCACUCCCGGCCGUCUUGUCGACCUGAUUGAGCGUGGCCGCAUCUCGCUCUGCAACAUCAAGUACCUUGUCCUUGAUGAGGCUGAUCGUAUGCUUGACAUGGGUUUCGAGCCUCAAAUCCGCCGCAUUGUCGAAGGUGAAGACAUGCCCCCAGUUGCUGGCCGUCAGACCCUCAUGUUCUCGGCCACCUUCCCACGCGACAUCCAGAUGCUCGCCCGUGAUUUCUUGAAGGACUACGUCUUCCUUUCCGUCGGCCGUGUCGGUUCCACUUCCGAGAACAUCACCCAGAAGGUCGAGUAUGUUGAGGACAACGAUAAACGCUCCGUCCUGCUUGACAUCCUGCACACUCACGGCGCUGGAUUGACACUCAUUUUCGUCGAGACCAAGCGUAUGGCUGAUUCUCUGUCCGAAUUCCUCAUCAACCAGCACUUCCCAGCCACUGCCAUUCACGGUGACCGCACUCAGCGUGAGCGUGAGCGUGCCCUUGAGUACUUCCGUAACGGCCGCUGCCCCAUCCUGGUGGCUACCGCUGUUGCUGCCCGUGGACUCGACAUUCCCAAUGUCACCCAUGUGGUCAACUAUGAUCUGCCAACCGACAUUGACGACUAUGUUCACCGUAUCGGUCGUACCGGUCGUGCUGGAAACACCGGUAUCUCUACUGCUUUCUUCAACCGUGGAAACCGCGGUGUUGUCCGUGACCUCAUCGAGUUGCUCAAGGAGGCCCACCAGGAAGUCCCAUCCUUCCUCGAGAACAUUGCUCGUGAGGGCUCUGGAUACGGUGGCCGUGGAGGUCGUGGCCGUGGCCGUGGCUCUGCCGGUGCCAACCGUGAUAUGCGUCGCAUGGGUGGUGGAAUGGGCGGUCCCCCUUCUUAUGGCGGUGGUGGUAACUACGCUGCUCCCCAAAGCUACGGUGGCGGUGGCGGAAACUAUGGCGGCGGUCCAUAUGGUGGUGGCUAUGGAGGUGGUGGCUACGGCAACCCAUCCGGCCCAACUGGCCCAUCUUCCUGGUGGUAA